CGGCCAGCGAGUCAGAGGGAAAAGGUCGUCCGUCUCUUAGCAACGGAGUAACCGUCGCUGGCAAACAGAAGGGCGGAGAUAGCAAUACAGCCCACUGUGGAUUUAAAGAUAUGAGGAAAAUCUACAAAGAAUAAAACAAUGGCAAGUGAAAUCAUUGUACAGCAUCAACAAUUAGAAUACAAUGCUGAAGAGAACAUCAGUAAAUCCUCAAAUAUAUAUGAUGUAUCUGUGCAAAAUAUGGCACCCAACAUGGAUGCACUACAAAUCUUGGAACCAGUUAGGCAAAAACUUGCAUCAAUUGAAGCAGAACGGAUUAUUUCUGUAAUUGAAAAGACUAUUGAUAAAAUAGAAAUAGUCACUUUGAUUCCCUAUAUAAUAAACAAUCUUGAUAGGUUCAGCGUUGGUCUUGGUUUAGAGCUGACGUGUGCUCUCAGAGAACAUGACAGACUAGAGAAACAUCUGGAUUUUGCUUUUAGCAGACUGUUCAAUGUAAACAUUCCUGCAGAGGCAAGUGAGAAUUCAAUACACAAAAUAAAAAUGGAAGAGAAAAAGCAAGAUAUUCAAAUCCUUCAACAGGCCUUUGGUACUUCAGUUAAAAACAUCCUUCGGCUUUUUAAGGGGAAUCCCUCAGCCUGUCAAAUAAUCCAAUCAGAAUGUCAUGCCCGAAGUCGCACCUGUGUAGAUCUCAUCCUGGUGCUAAUGGAACUGAGAGACUUUGUGUUUGAGAGACUUCUGAUACCCCCCAAUGAGGCUAAAGAAAAGUUUGAAUAUGUCCAAAAAAUCAUUAAACGAGAUAAGCAAAACACAGAAAUUACAGCCACUUUGGAAGCCGAACUGACACAAGCCAUCCAAAACAAAGAAAAUGAGAUGUUGAAGAAGAAUGAGAUAAUUCGGAAACUCAAAAACAACUUACUUCAACUUGACUUGUUCUCACAAGAUUACAUUCGUCAAAUUAAACAAGAUGCAGAGAAACAACAGCUAAAUGAUCAGAAAGAUUCAGAAGGAAAAAUUGCUAAAUACCACGAAGAAAUAGCUCAGCUUCGAACUCAGUUGAAUAACCUGAUUACAGAACACAGAGCAUCUGAAGUAGCUUUAAGAAAGCGAAAAUACAAAAUUGAAACAGAGAUUGAAAACUGGAUCCAGAAGUAUGAUGCUGACCUACAAGAAAAACAGGAUGAAUAUGAAAACCUCUUUAAAAAAUACAAUGACGAAACGGUCCUGCUAUUUGAAUUAGAACAAAAGAUUGGUACGCUUGAACCAGAAUAUACUCAAAUCGUGGAAGAAAGAAAAAUUAAGGAAGAGAAGAAAAAGGCCAAAGAACAUCAAACAUUCCUAAUGGGAAAAGCAGCUAUCACAAUCCAGUCUUUCUGGAAAGGUUACAAAGUCCGCCAAUUAAUGAAAGCAUUGAAGAAAAAGAAAAAGGGAAAAGGCAAGAAGAAAAAAUGAAGACAAGGGGGAAAUUCGACAGCAGAGUGAGAGAAAGAUGCAGAAAUAUAAAAGUGCAUAUCCUCUCUUUUUUGAAUGCUAUUGGAAUGUCUUAUUUCUAUUAAUGCAAGCUGUAGCCUCCGAAAAUUAAUUAUUCAAUUCUUCUUGUGUGUGUAGCAGCAAAUCUGAUAUCUACCUCAGUCAAUGAUUAAAUUGUGCUCCUUUUUUUGAAAUUUUCUACUUUCAAUUAUUUACCCUCUUUAACUGUCACCUCAAGAGCAAUAAAGGAUUGACAAUAAAUGCUGGCGCAGCCAGCAAGGCUUGCAUCCAAUGAAGGAAUUUAAAAAUAAAAUUUUGCCAAUAAUCUACUCAGUAACAUUGUAGCAAAAAUUAUUUUCCAACAUAGAAUAAUUAUACUAUACAUUUUAACAUAGCUGUGUUACUCAAAACGUUAUUUAAUUCCAAGUGAGCAGAUUAACAACUGCAGUGAGAAAUAAAAUGGAAAAAAAUUGCUUCAUCUUUAGCACACUCACUUAGAAAAGCAAAGUCUCCAUAAGCCUAAAACUUCAUGCUUCACUCUGUGCCCAGCUGGCUUGACCCCUAGUUUUAAAUUUUUAUUCUGACAUGGUAAUGAGCCCACCUUCGAUCUGCUUGACAAUCACCCCACCUCGAUUAUGUAACCAGCCUCAUGCCAAGCCUUGGUCUCACAUCCAUACCAGGCUGUUCUGCACAGGUGAUUUUCUCAGCCUGUUGUGGGAGAUUUGCUGGUAUAUUUGGAAAUCUGAUAAAAUGUUCCAUUCUGUACAUGCACUGAAUCUUUCAUGUAAAAUAAAUCAUUUAUAAAAAUAGUGAUGUGAUAAAAGAGAAAUAAAACUCCACAGUCACUCAAUUUA